CGAUCAGCUCAGCACGCACACGAGCCGGUGGACCAGCUGGAGGCCUUCUGGUUGCUCGAUACCUGACGCACAUCAUACAUAAGAGGUCUUCAUUGAUUGACUCCCAUGCCAUGUGGAAGCGUGUGAGUGCAGUGCAGUGCCUGACCUGAAAGCCGCCAGCGUCAGAGUCCUGGGACUUCUUGGGCAACUUGCGCGCUGCAAUGCACAGAGGGACAAAGAAACGCAGUGAGCGAGGAAGGCUCCACAGAGCAGACUGUCUGUGUUGUGUUGAGUGUUCAUCGCAUCGAGCGACCGACCCCACGGACAGACCUAUUUCGUCAAAAAGCUCCCUCACGCCCUCGCCUGUCUUGGCUGACGUCUCCUGAGAGAGAUGAAGGAAACAACACAACACAACACCAGAUGCGUCCAUCCAUCCAUCCAUCCGUCCCUCCCUGACUCAUCAGCUGACCUUGAACAGCAGGGCGUUGUCUUCUGCAUACCCCUCGGCCAGCUCGGUGCUCACACACCUGCUGGCCUCCAAAUCUAUCUUGUUGCCUGUCAACGCUGGUGGAUUGACACAGACAUUCCGUGCAGUGAAUUCCCUGCCUGUCUGUCUGUCUGUCUGGGAGUGUAGGAUACGAUUGGCAUGCCAAUCAACGUCAUACAUACCGAUGACGACAUCUGAUGGGAGCACGGCUUUGAGUUCGUUGAUCCAUGACUUUGCGCCGUCGAACGACUCCUUGUUGGUGAUGUCAUACACCACCACCGCCGCCGCCGCCCCGCGGUAGUACAUGGGCGCCAAACUGCGGUACCUCUCCUGACUGCACCAACCAACAAACCAUCAACACAAUUAACAAAACAACGCAUGCAGGGCGGGAGUGCAACACGCGCUGGCGGCAUUUCUGCGGCCUCUGCCUGCCUGCCUGCCGCCCGCUGGCCUUGCGUACCCUACCCUGCAGUGUCCCAUAUCUCGAACUUGACUAUCUCGUCACCCAACGUCACUGACUGAGUCAUGAAGGCAGCUGCACACAGAGAAAGCAAAUCAUGGAGAACGCACAGCAUACAUAGUGUGUAUGCAUCUCUCCUCCUUUGCCUCUGUAUACUCAUCUCACCUCCGAUGGUCGGUUCUUGAUACUCAUAGAAUUCGUCCUUGGCGAACCGCACCACCAAGCAACUCUUGCCCACUGACGCAUCUCCCAGCAGCACCAGCUUGUAGUGCACCGUCUUGGGCAGCGGCGACGACGCAUCCAUGCCCUCACUGCACAGCUACAACCAGCGCGACGCAGCCCACUUCUCCGCUCUGCUCAAAAACUUAACAACUCCGAUGGCGGCAGCUUGAAGCCGACCGUGUGGUCCU